GAUAGCGACAGGAAACGCAAUCCAGACUCCAAUGUACCGCAGCUCGACCUACAGGAUGCCCUUACCCCAGACCCCGGCACAGAAGAUAUGUUCAUCGUACAUGGCAACCCGUUUGCCUUCUCGCCCGGUCAGCUCAACAAGUUGUUCAAUCCAAAAAAUCACAGCGCCUUCUAUGCCCUAGGUGGCCUUCACGGCUUGGAGAUAGGCUUAAGAACCGACAGAAACAGCGGCCUCAGCUUGGACGAAACUGGGCUGGAUGGGGCCAUCACGUUCGAAGAAGCAGCCACCAACGACGUCCCAAAAUAUGGUAUACUAGGGGACAAGGCUCCUGAGGCGGUGCAUGACGGGGGUUGGACGCCAGCGGCUCCGUACACUCCAACGGGCAGAGGCGGUUUGGGGAAAACGGAUGGCAGCUUCGCCGAUCGCAAACGUAUUUUCCGAACCAAUUGUCUGCCAAAGGUGAAAAGAAAGUCGAUUAUGAAGUUGGCGCGUGAUGUAUACUGUAGCGAGUGGCUUUUGAUCAUUCUUACUGUUGUGGCCGUCGCCUCAUCCGCAUGGGACAUGCAUCAGAGCGUCCUUGCAUCCUCACAUGGGAGGAUCGAGCCCAACACAGAAUGGUCUCAUGGGAUUGCCAUACUGGUUGGCGUUAUCCUCGCCGUUAGUGUAGAGACACUCUACCGAUGGAAUACACAACGGCAGAUUGAUCGGCUUGACACAAAGCGCAGCUACCGGAUCGCCAAUGUCGUUAGAUCAGGCCGGACUACUGAGAUUAUGGGGUUUGAAAUCCUCGUUGGCGACGUUGUUUUAUUAUCUGCAGGGGAUAUUGUCCCCGCGGACGGGAUCCUGAUCGACGGACACAGUCUCAGGUGUGACGAAUCUUGCUGCACUGGCGAAAGCGAUGUGAUACCAAAGGUUCCUGGAGACCAAGCUUUUACCGUCUUGGAUGAUACUAUGAACGGCCCAACGUCGGAUCAUCAGAUUCUCACUGCGAUGGAUCCGUUCAUAUAUUCCGGGAGUACGGUCUUGGAAGGAAGCGGCUCAUUUAUUGUCACAGCCGUCGGUAUCAACUCCAGCCACGGCCGCACGCUGAUGGCGCUCAGAGAGGAGCAAGAUAUUAGCUCGUAUAUGCGAAUGCUGCAUGACUUGAGCACCUACACUAUACGAAGGCUCGGCAUCGGCAUCGCUAUUCUCCUCUUCACCGUCUGUACGAUCAAAUUCCUCGCAACCCUACCAUCGAGUACUUUAACACCAGAGGAAAAAGGCCGCAACUACCUAAACAUGUUUGUCUUGGCUAUUGCAUUAAGUGUGGUCUCCGCUACACCGUUCCUUUCCAAUGUCGGCUCUCUGACAACGACCGCCCUGAUGGCAAGAAUGACUCGAGACAACAACCUGGCUCGAAAUAGCAAAGCCUGCGAAUCCGCGGCCGACAUAACGACUAUUUGCACUAGUAAGACAGGUAUCUUGACUCAGGGCAAGAUGAAAGUUGUGGCGGCUACUGUUGGAAACUUCAGGGGAUUUGGUAAUGCGGACUUGGACUUUCCAACUGGGACCGUCGACCUACCAAGCGAUGUCAAUGAGCAAACCACCCUCACGGCCGACAUUUCUCCAACCUGCUUCGCCCAAAGUCUGAACUCAGAGGGAAGGCAGUUGCUGAUCAAGUCUAUAGCUGUUAACUCGACCGCUUUAGAGGGUGAGGUGUACGGCGAACUCACAUUUAUCGGUUCCAAAAUCGAAACUGCUCUGAUGGCUUUUGGUCGUGAUUAUUUGGGCCUCGGGCCCAUCGAGGAAGAGAGGUACAAUGCGUCCAUCACACAGCAACUCCCAUUUGCAGCCUGUAACGGAUUCAUGGCUACGAUAGUGAGGUUGCCGUUCGGGGGGGUUCGGGUGUACGUGAAAGGCGCUCCUGAGAUCUUGCUCAGACGAUGUGCCAAAGUUGUAACUAUUACGGACCCGACCGACAAAACUCUGUCUACUGUCGACCUCACAGACACUGACCGUGAGCUAUACCGACUCAGAGCUGCUUCAUACGGUUCACGAAGCCACCAUCCUAUUUGCCUAUGCUAUCGAGACUUCAGCUACUGGCCUUCUCUCGACAGUUUCGACAUGUUAUGUCGGGAUAUGAUACUGCUUGCCAUCAUUGGUAUUCAAGACCCUCUUCGAGAUGGCGUCGUUGAGGCGGUGAGGAAUUGCUAUCAUGCUGGCAUUGUGGUCCGCAUGGUUACAGGCGAUCACGUCGAAACAGCCAGAGCAGUUGCUAAGGAGGCUGGCAUACUCACGACUGGCCUCGUUCUUGAGGGUUCCACCUUUCGAGCCUUGGAUGAACAGUCACAACUUGAAGUGCUGCCACGCCUAGCAGUUCUGGCCCGCGCCACUGCGGGAGACAAGAGAAUCCUUGUGCGACUGCUCAAGAUACUAGGCGAUACAGUGGCUUUUGCUGGCGGUAGCGUUGGCGAUUGCCCUGCACUGAAGAUGGCCCAAGUCGGAUUUGUGAAAGGAAUUACCGGUACCGAUGCCGCAGUCCAGGCUGCCGACAUCAUUUUGAUGGACGACAACUUCGUGUCAGUCACGAAGUGUAUCUACUGGGGCCGUGCCGCGAAAGACAGCGUUGCGAAGUUUCUUCAGUACAAAUUGGCUGCCAUUGCAACUGCUGCAGUUCUUACCUUUGUUUCAGCUGCCGCGUUAGAUGCAAGCGACAGCCCGGUACUCAAUGCUGCACAGCUCCUAUGGGUUGGCCUCAUGACCGAUCUCGCAGUUCUCGCUCUACUUACAAGUCAGCCGACUGAAACAGUCCGGAAGCGGAAGCCCAGUCCAAGAGCUGCGCCAAUUAUCACGCUGCCUAUGAAGAAGAUGAUAGUGGGCCAAACUAUCUGCCAACUCACUAUCACGCUUGUGACAUUCUUUGGGUGGUUCAGCAUGUUCGGGCAUAAAGAAACCUCCCAAACAGCUGAUGACAAGACACGGCGCAACACCUUCGUUUUCAACACCUUUGUAUGGCUUCAGAUCUUCAAUAUUGUCAAUAGCCAACGUCUCGAUAACCGUUUCAAUGUCUUCGAAGGCACCCUACGCAACCGCCUUUUCCUUUGUGUUGGGUUGCUCCUAGCCGGAGGGCAAGUCCUUAUUAUGUUCAUCGGCGGUAAGGCAUUCAAGCUUGCCCGACUCAACAGCAAGGAGUGGGCAGUCUCGGUUGCGAUAGGUUGCAUGUCUCUACCGUGUGGUGUGAUUUUGCGUCUAGUGCCGGAUCAUCUAAUCGACCUGCUUAUCCCGGAGGUCAUGAAGCGCGGGUAUUCUCCGCGUGUUCCCCAGAUCACGAUUGAUUUGGGAGGUUUUAACGAAGACGAAAGGAGGCCAGCAUCUCGAGGCUCAGGACUGUGAAGACGGCUUCUACCACUAGAUGAUUUCUUGCACAAUAUAACCACACAGUGGCAGGUGUGCUCUGCAUCAUCUUUAACGGCAACUGCCUGGAUGUUGAUGAAAUCGAGAUUUGUGUUGAAGAUGGGAGGGAAGUACAUUACAAGUUGCUAGCGGACCAUUAGACCCGCUUCGCUUUCAUAUUGCCCGAGCCAAAAUACCAG